UCUAGCUUCCACAACAUCGUAACAGUGCCCAAAAGUUACCCCCUCUUCUCUCUCUCUCUCUCUCUCUCUGGUGAUCGUCGCUGAGAGCGGCGACUGGCGACGGUGGCGAUGGCGUCCCACCUUCUGAGCCGAGCAAAGAACCUAACCCUCUCCUGCCGCCUACUCCACCAUCCUUAUGCCCCGAGUGAUCCCGUGGCCUUCGCUCACUGCCUCCGAGCAGUCGGCUCGCUCGUCUCCUCCCAUCCGCUCCCUGAUCCCAGAUCCGCCUCGGCCCCCACUGCCAAUCGCUCGUCCCCCGUUGCUUCCUGUCUCGCCCGUGCCCCAGUUUUCGGCCACCUUGUUUCUGGAAAGAUUAGUUCCGAAAGAAUUUUGCAAAAUGGCACUUUUAGUCCAUUACAUGGAAGUGCACAGUUCUUAGCUCGCUCAUUUCAUGUGAAAGCACAAGGUGGAGAAACAAAUAUUCAAGCAGACAACACACAUUUGCAGCAUAAUAACGUAUCUGAUGUGAUUGGAGUUGAAGCACCUAGUUGUUUGAAGGGAAAGGAGAAUGAGUGUUCAAAGGUAAUUGCUUUCAGUCCACUGGAGGUAACCCAUACUAAGUCACGAAAAAGCGGGUUGGUGAAUGAAAGCUUGAAGAUUAGUUCCGAAAGAAUUUUGCAAAAUGGCACUUUUAGUCCAUUACAUGGAAGUGCACAGUUCUUAGCUCGCUCAUUUCAUGUGAAAGCACAAGGUGGAGAAACAAAUAUUCAAGCAGACAACACACAUUUGCAGCAUAAUAACGUAUCUGAUGUGAUUGGAGUUGAAGCACCUAGUUGUUUGAAGGGAAAGGAGAAUGAGUGUUCAAAGGUAAUUGCUUUCAGUCCACUGGAGGUAACCCAUACUAAGUCACGAAAAAGCGGGUUGGUGAAUGAAAGCUUGAAGGUAAAGACUAUGGAGCUUUUUAUAAAGACUACAUAUGCUCUGAUACCAGCUUUGCUACUCAUAUCAAAAUCAAAGUUGACUACUCCAGCGCUUGUUCUGUGCAUAUACUGGAUAGCCUGGGUUUUUUAAAGAGAUCUUUCUGGACUAUGUUCACCAUGAAGUGACGAGGAAAUGGGUCUUGAUAUAUUUUAAGCUGCUACUUUUUGUCUUAGCCAAGGACACUAUCCUUGCUUUUGAUCUAGUGUAACGUCGUCUUAGUGUGUCGUAACCACAAACUGCAGACUGAUGGAUAAGGAAGUCAGCCAAUGGCCAACCCAUGAUUGUUGUUUUACUUGCGUUCUAUGACUUCAAAUUCCCAGUUUGUUUAUGCUAUA